CUACAAACAACAAGAUAUGGUCAAAUAUUCAACAUGUCUUCGACCACUUGUACCUUGCUCAUUAACAUCAUCAUUAUCUUCAUCUUCUCUACAGCAGCCACCGCCGUUGAUUUCAGCUAUCCGGCUGUUUUCAACUUCGGCGACUCCAAUUCCGAUACGGGCAACCUAGUGGCCGGCCUGGCCCUCAACCUUGAGCCUCCCUACGGCCAGACUUACUUCCACAAGCCCUCGGGCCGGUCCUGUGAUGGCCGCUUGAUCAUCGACUUUCUAAUGGACGCGAUGGACUUGCCCUUCUUGAAUCCAUAUUUGGAUUCAAUUGCUGCGCCAAUUUUCAAAAGAGGCUGCAACUUUGCUGCUGCAGGCGCCACCACUUUCCCUCCCCCGACCUCGGGUUGCCCGUUUUCGUUCGACAUUCAAGUCGCUCAGUUUCUGAGGUUCAAAGCAAAAGCUGUGGAUAUCCUCACAAAAUCCAGGAAAUAUGACAAAUACCUGCCCGCUCAGGAUUACUUCGCAAAGGCACUCUACACGUUCGACAUAGGCCAGAAUGACCUCACAGGCGCCUUCUACUCCUACGAGACGCUCGAUCAAGUUCUCGCUUAUAUCCCAAUCAUUUUAUCAGCAUUCCAAGAUGGGAUUCAGAAACUGUACGACCAAGGGGCUAGAAACUUGUGGAUUCACAACACCGGCCCCCUCGGCUGCUUGCCUCAAAAUAUUGCAACAUACGGAGGUGAUGAUGAGCUUGGAUGUGUCACCUCUCAAAAUCAAGCUUCAAAGCACUUCAACUUGCAAUUGCACGCUCUCUGUAAAAAGUUGCAGGGGCAGUAUCAAGAUGUAAAUGUCACAUACGUUGACAUUUACUCGAUCAAGUCCAACCUCAUUGCAAACUACUCUAGAUAUGGAUUCGAGCAGGCGUUGAUGGCGUGCUGCGGGUAUGGAGGACCGCCAUUGAACUACGAUGCACGGAUUUCCUGCGGUGAGACAAAGGUUUUGAAUGGGAGUUCAGUGAGGGCCAAAGGAUGCAAUGACAGUACAAAAUACAUAAGCUGGGAUGGAACCCAUUACACUGAUGCUGCAAAUCAGUAUGUUGCCUCUCAGAUUCUCACUGGAAAGUACUCUGAUCCACCACUUCCUGACAAAAUGCCUUUCCUUCUAAACCUCAAAUAGUCUACUCCUAUUCCACGAAGCCAUGGCUGUGCACAUGUUUUGAAGUGGUAAGUCAUGACAUGAAUGAAUGUUAUUAUGUAUACAAAUGUCUGAAUUCGACAAGAUUAUAUCUGUAGGCAGCAUCAGCCGACGAUGAUUUUCAUAGAUCACACACAUGCUUGAACCUUCAAUAAACCCAUAAUUGUUUUUCA